UUUUUUUUAAUCUCAAAUGAAAUAUAUGUGCGGACUUACGGGAUGUCUAAGAUGCAAGAUUAAUUCUGAUCUGCUUUGGACCCACACCCACUAAGAAUUUGAUCAAGAUCACUACCAAAUUGUGGCAUAAGUGGACCAUGUCAGCUAGCUAGGUUCCUCAAAAGACAAUCCUAACUGGCAGUAUCAUCGAUCUCCCAAGAAAAAGCAAAGUUAGAUCCGUCAAACCCAAUCAUUUAAAUUGCUUGAGACUCACAUUGCUUUGGGCAGACGGGAGUGUACUCUUUGGAGUUGGAGUCUUGAAGCUUGAGCUUACAGGUCAUCACACAAAAGCCGCUCUUGAUGUAACCGUUUUCUUGUUAUCUGGUUUUCAAUGCUGGCUAUUUGCUUCUCUUUCCAAAAAGUAAACCAAAGCAGAUCCUUGCGCCUGGUUUUAGUAUGCAGACCCAAGACCCAGAAGCCCUCACUUUAAUGUUUAUUCAAUCUUUUUACUUGUCCCCUCCCCUCCCCUUCCCUCUGCUCUGUAUAUAUAUAUAUAUAUAACCAACCUGACAUUCUCCAUUUGUUUCAUUCAUUCUCAACUCGUCAUUCCAAUUGUUUGUCAUAAAUCAUUGUUUUGCUGCAUCUUCGAGAAAGCAGAGUUACUCAUGGAGAGCGUUGAAUUGAAGGUGGAGAUGGUUGGCUUACAUGAGAAAAGACUCAGGAAAUGCCUCUCAAAGCUGAAAGGAAUAGAGAAAGUAGAAGUGGAUGGGCAGGGCGAGAAGGUAGUGGUGACAGGAUAUGCACACCGGAACAAAAUACUGAAAGCCAUCAGGAGAGGUGGUUUAAAAGCAGACUUUUGGUCCGCUCACAACGAGCUUCUUAAUGCUUAUGCUGUCUCCACUGCAAGUAAUUAUGGAAACUUGAGAUUCAACAACUUCAACAUCUUCUAGCAGG